UUUAAGAAGCAACCGGAAGAAACCUAUAGCUUGCGCCAUCUGCUGGACUACAUAAAUUACCAUAUGUUCUAUUGCUCCUACUCGACUAGUACUGCCUGAAUAGUACUGAGCUUGAUAGGUCAUCGGCUACUCAAGUCUCUCCGUUUACAUUUCCGGCACAGGUCGCAGCUGUACGAAUGUAUUUCGUUGUAGUUGUACUGGAGCCUAGGUUGAUUUAAACACGCACCAAUAGAGAUGUCUACCGCUCUCGAGAGUUACAUUAACCGGACAGUUGCCAUCGUCACAUCAGAUGGCAGGAUGAUUGUGGGGACGCUAAAGGGUUUCGAUCAGACAAUCAACCUCAUCCUGGAUGAAAGCCACGAGCGGGUGUUCAGCUCUUCCCAGGGAGUGGAGCAGGUGGUUCUGGGACUGUAUAUUGUCAGAGGUGAUAAUGUGGCUGUAAUUGGUGAAAUUGAUGAAGAAACAGAUUCUGCGCUGGAUCUUGGAAACAUAAGAGCAGAACCGCUGAAUUCUGUGGUGCACUGAUGCCUCCCAAACAAGGACAGAAAAAUCCACAUUUAGAUGAAUCUCCUAGGAAAUCUGCAGGCAUCGAAAAGCAGCUAUAUUAUUUGCCAUUUUUAAUCUUGAAGAAAAUAGACUGAGUGCAUAUACUUUUUUACAUGUGUUGAAAUAAAAAAGUGGAAAUUAUUUGAUUUAAA